UCGGUUUAAAGAAAAAGCGAAGGAAAAAUUUUUAAAAACUUUUUUUUUUUUCCGGGAAAAAUAAAAAGGAAAAAAGACGGUGGGAAUUUGCGUUUUGCACAUGUGGCCUUAACCGGCGGGCGGCGGCGGCGGCGGCGGUGGCUCCGGCCAAGAAACUUCAACCAGCAUAACUAGAUGCCUUUCUUUCACAAAAGCGCUUCGAAUUCUCGGCUUCAACAGAAAGCACCAGAUUCUGUUUUCUCCGUUGGUCCACCGGAGCCGCUCGCUCAGCGUCGGCUUACCAGGCAGAGGAAGCUCCGGCAUCUUACGGAUCGAGAUAUUCGCUUUGAACAACCUCGAUCGUUUCCUGAUUCUCCCGAUUUAUUGUCAAAAUCUAAAACAGGUCUUGGAGGUUCCGAACGUUGGUCCUCCAUUGCUUUGCCGCAGCCUUUACCUCUGCCAGAGUUCUUUCCGAUUCGAAAUCCAGAGUCAGGUUCUUGGAGUUCUGGACAAGGUCGCGGUGGAUCGCCUUUUGAAACUCCGGUCGGGAAGAGCGCCGAUCACGCAACAGCGAAGAGUAGAAGUUCCGGUAACAAUCAAAGGCGAAUCGCUACAGAUUUAGCCUUGGAAGUUGCUAACGGACAUACAGGAGGAACCCAACCUGUAAAUUUAGGGAAAUCGAAUUUGAUUAAGGAUUUUGUUUUUAGUUGUUUGGAUCAACAUCCAAACAACAAAGCCAGGGGUUCCCCAACUCAUCCGAGUGUUGAAAAGGGUAACCACAAAGUGAAACAGAAGAUUUCGACGUCGAAGAGUGCACCGACGAGCAUCUUUCCGAGUCCUGCCGUUAGCCCGCGAAGAUCAUGUACAGGAGAUCCUUUUGUUUCUGGUUUGACUCGCCAUGAACAUCAGGAAUCUCCUUCCAAUAAUUCUCCCAAAGUACCAUCCCUUAAAACUCCAAAUAGUUCUCAACCUUCUCCUCUGCAAAGCCCGGCAGCUCGAAGUUCCGUAAGCAAUCCCAGAUCUUCUAAUGAUACGCCAUUUCCUCUGCAUCAUAAGUUACAAAAGAAUCAUAGUAUAGGUCAUGUCAAUGCCCAUCCAUUGCCUCUUCCUCCUCCAUUAGUAGCCUCGUCACAAUCGUCUCCCCAAUCUCUUCCAUCGAAAGAGAAACCAUACAUUUCAUCUGUGAAAGGUCAAUGGCAAAAGGGAAAGCUUAUUGGACGUGGUACGUUUGGAAGCGUUUAUCUCGCAACAAACAGCGAGACUGGAGCUUUAUGUGCAAUGAAAGAAGUUGACCUCAUUCCUGAUGAUCCUAAAUGUGCUGAAAGUAUAAAGCAACUAGAGCAGGAAAUUAAAGUUCUUAGUCAACUUAAACAUCCAAAUAUUGUACAGUAUUAUGGAAGUGAAAUAAUUGGGGAUCAUUUCUACAUAUAUUUGGAGUAUGUUUUUCCUGGGUCAAUAAAUAAAUUUGUCCGCGAACGUUGUGGAACCAUUACAGAAUCUAUCGUUCGCAACUUCACCCGACAUAUUCUCUCUGGACUCGCUUACUUGCAUAGCACAAAAACGAUCCACAGGGAUAUCAAAGGUGCAAACUUGCUAGUUGAUUCAUCGGGCGUCGUCAAACUUGCAGAUUUCGGGAUGGCGAAACAUCUGACAGGGCAGUACGAUCUUUCGUUGAAGGGUAGUCCGUAUUGGAUGGCUCCGGAGGUCAUAAAGGCUGUUAUGUUGAAAGAUGCCAACCCUGAUCAUGCUUUGGCAGUUGACAUUUGGAGUCUGGGUUGCACCAUAAUUGAAAUGCUGAAUGGAAAACCUCCAUGGAGUGAGUUUGAAGGGCAUCAAGUUAUGUUCAAGGUGUUGAAUAAAGCCCCUCCUAUUCCAGAAAAGCUAUCUCCAGAAGGGAAAGAUUUCCUCCAGUGUUGCUUCCAAAGGAAUCCAGCUGACAGAUCAACAGCAACGAUGCUCCUUGACCAUCCUUUCGUAAGAUCCUCAAUCGACUCAACCGUUUCAGUCCCGACAUCAGCAUUUUCAACGAUGAACCUCGUGGUAUUGAAUCCUCAAGAUCCUGUUCCUCCCAAAGGAGAUCAGGUGCAAAAAUCUCCUGGAACGUCGGCUGCAAAUGGUUAUCUGCCAUGUCGUAGCCCUUCAUCGAACAUUCCGAGCAAUAUUCCUGCCAGUGCCGUUAAUAACCAUCACUUUUCUAUCUCAAGGACUCAUAAAAGGGAAGUACCACACCUCUGAACUACAGUUGUGGAUAUAUUUACAGGCAAAUCCUAGACCCGAGGAGGCUGGCGACAUGAGCUGGGAUAGAGUUCAUCGUUCCCACGCCUCGUUUUAACAACAAAACUCAAUCCUUUUUUCGAACAAACUCUCAUAGGUCUUAGAAACCACCAAACUUGAGGCCUUCCAUCAUUGUUUGAGCAAUUCCCCUGACUUACUUUUUGUACUUAUAGCAAUGGUAUCACACUUGAAAGAUGAUACUAGGAAAAGAGGACAUACACACACAUUCUUUUUGUACACAUUCUAUAAGCAGGAUUAGAUUUGGAUCUGUAUAUAGUUAGGUCGCAUUUGCGCUGGCUCGAUCGCUCGAUCGCUACAAUGAAACUCACAGCGCUGGCUCGUUCAUUAUAUCUCAGUAGACUUCAAUUUCUCCAUUCAGAGAAGAUUAAACACCAUGUCAAGCUCAACCCAUCAGAAAAAACCUCAAGAACAUGGAAGAUCAAAUCUUAUGAGCUUGAAGAGAAAGAUUAGAAAUAUGUUCAAUCAUAUGCCAGAGGCUUCACGUGAGACCGUACUGAGCCAUUUCAGCCAAUGCUACCAUGAAACAGAUACCCAUAAAAUUAUGCUCUGCUGCACUUGUUGUUGUCUUUGUUUAUCUUUCCUCUGCUUAAAUUACAGUGACUUUUUUUUUGAAGUUUUGUAAAGUCUGUAGAUUCUAAGCUCUGUAAAUUGCUCAUUUGGGUCAUUUGACAUAUUUGUUUGUUUAUUACUCUUCAAACACACAAAAAAAGGCACAAUCUGGGAAAGAGAUUGGACUUUUUAACA